AUGAGGGUUGGCCGAACAGCCAGAGGAGGAAAAGCAGGAAUGGCUUUCACCUUUCUGCUGAGAGUACAGGAAAAGGAGUUCCUCCAGAUGCUGCAGGACGCCGGGAGCCCUGGGGUUCAGAAACACGUGAUCAAACCCGAGAGCCUGAAGGGGAUGGAGGUUCAGUAUGAGAAAAUACUCCAACAACUGGGGGACAUCAUCAAGGAUGAACAAGUCCGAUAA